CUCCUCGCUCAUUUCAUUCAGCAUUUUCUCUCUCUCCUCCAUUAUUUAGCCUUCCUAUGCAACUUUCCUCUUUCUUCCAAAAUUACCAAGCUUUGCCCUAAAUCUCUGUAAACUUGAUAUUUUUCGUCUUUCCAUUCAAGAAAUGGGCGUUGCUGUUCUCAAUCCUCAGGAUUGUCUUCAGAAUCCUUUAUCUUCCAGACAAGAUUUGAUAUCACCCCCUCCGCAAAUGAAAACCCCUAGAAACGCUAAUUCAAACCGGCCGAAUCGGGCUCAACCCAGCCGCAGGAAACGGAGCCCCAACACCUCACCUUCCUCACGCGCCGCCGUUGCCCCCCAGGUAACUGCAAAAAACCUCGUUAUGGGCCAGGUCAAAAUUCUUAAGCGCGGCGAACAACUAGCUAAACCGACUCCAGAGAAGGUGUCUCAACCUGCUAAAGUUGAAAAAAUGGAAGAUCUGGAUCUCGGAUCUACUCAUCGGCUUGGCCCUGAUCCUGAGCUAGUACCGACUCAGAUCCGACUCACAGAAACCAACAAAGUUAAUGGCUUUUAUGCUGGAUCGGCUUUUAUUACUUCACCGCCGCCCAGCUCUCUUCCUUUACCGGCGUUUUUCAUGAAAAAGUGUGCCGUGGGUGUGAAAAACACCGAUGCAACUACUGAUUUACGACGCAUUUUAGGUCUCAAUUUAUAGUGAUUAGGUGGUGUAUGAUAAGUGGUGGGUAGACGUGACAUGAAGUUCUCUUCUCUGUUUGUUUCCUUUCCUUCUCUCUUCUGUGUUUGAGUUUGCAAUCGACCGUCCCUUAUUUUUUCAAGGGGAAGAAAAGGUCGAGUUGGCUUGACUCAGUUACGGAACUAUGCAUUAAAUUAAAGUAGUGCUGUUAAUAUAAUAGCUUUGAUUAGGGUUAGCUAAGUUAGAUCAGAAUAGAAGAUCUACAUGGAUGGGUAUUGUGGAUGUUAGCUUAUGAUGGGUGUUUUUUAAUUCUCUUUUAUUUUUAUAGCUCUGUUAUUUAUCCAGUUUGGGAAUAUGGUUUGUAUCUUGUCUUUGUAUGCAGCUGUAGUUGUCUGAAAUGAAAUGAAUUUCCUUACUUGACUUCUUGUA